AAUCUUUAGACUUACAUCCAAAAACACAGCAAUACUUAUUAUUUACCAUUGUAUGUUUAACACUUUCUAAUUCUUUCUUUCUUUCUUGUCUUAUUAAUGUGGAGACUCUAGCUUGUUGGCUUUUUCUCCGAAUCACUCCGCUUAGAAAUUAGGUAAAGCGGUUCUAACAGACCCCAUACUUUAUACUGGCGUCUAAUUACAGAACGAUUCCGUAGCCGUAGUUCUGGAUUUUACCACGAGAUGCCACUAGUAUCGUGACAUUCAGAUCGUCUAUACGUCGUGCUGUAUGGUGUUUAUGAAAUUUUCUUUUGUCAAUAUUUUAGUUUUAAACUCAUCCUUUAACAUUGAUAAUUGGUUUUAAAUUAUUCUUGCUACAGUUGUAGGUAAAAAAUCGCUAUGGAGAAUAUUACUGCAUUGAACGACAUAGAAAAUACUUGUUAUUAUUGCGAUAAGCCUUUCUCCUCGAAGGGAAAUCUUAACAAGCAUGUAAGAUUAGUUCAUAAGCAAGUCAUUGUGGAAAAAAAAAAACUAUAUUCUGUCGCGAGACCUCAUGCUCCGAAGGAUUUUUUACUUCUCAUCAAUUACGAGAACAUUUGGAGAAAGUACAUGGAUUUGCUUUUGAAGUUGAGAAGCUGGAAUUUAAAAAUAUGAAGGAUUUCUAUGAAUGGAAAGUGACAGAGGAAUUGAGAACCAUCUCUAAAUAUUCUGCACCUUGUGGGCCUCGCACAAAAAAGUCAACAGGAGAAAACAAAUAUUAUUUCUAUUGUAACAGGACUGGAAGAAAACGAUAUGAACAGCUACAGAGUAAACGACCUAAUAGAUGUCUAGAAUCCUGUAAAAUUCAAGAUCACUGCACCUCAGCAAUGAAUGUGCUAGAAGGAAGAAAUAAUGUACAAGUAACUUACAUCAAACCUCAUUAUGGUCAUGAUUUCAAACUUGGACAUAUCCCACUACUUAAUGAAACACGACAAGAAAUAGCAGGAAAAUUAUCACAAGGUAUCAGCAAGAGGAGAAUAUUGAGAGAUAAGCUGUCAGUGGAAAAUGAUAUUGAAAGGAAGCAUCUCAUCUCAAAUAAAGAUCUCCAUAAUAUUUGUACAAGUUUUGGAAUCUCCACUCAAUUUCUGAAUGAAAUACAUGAAAGUGACAUUGUAAGCAUGGAAACAUGGGUAAAUGAUAUGCAAAAAAAUGGCAGAGGAGAUAGCAUCCUGAUGUACAAGAAGCAGGAUGAUUGUGAAGAAGGACUAAGAAAGGAAGAUUUUGUGCUAGCUUUUAUGACUCCUUUCCAGAGAAGGAUGCUGGAGCUUCAUGGUAAUGAUCGUAUUUGUAUAGAUUCUACACAUGGUGUCACUGGUUAUGGCUUUGAAUUAACCACACUCCUUGUUGUAGAUAAUUAUGAAGAAGGUGUACCUGUUGCUUUCUGCAUAAGCUCCACAGUUAACACAGUCAUUUUAAGUAAAUUUUUGCAUUCAUUAAAAAAAAUAGUAGGUGAAAUUCACUGUAAAGUGUUUAUGAGUGAUGAUGACAUUAAGUUUUUUAAUGCAUGGAAGGAAGUCAUGGGUCCACCAUCUCACCACUUACUUUGUUCCUGGCACGUUGACAGAGCAUGGCAAGGAAAGCUUAACACUAUAACUGACAAAGUAAAAAAACAAAAAAUAUAUGAAGCCUUAAAAACUUGUCAGUUGCAACUUGAUGAAAACAUUUUUAAAGAUGUUCUCUGCUCUUCUUGAAGAGCUAGAAGGCUGUGAAGAUACUGAAAGAUUCCGGGCUUAUCUGAUGCAGUACUAUGCCAAUAGAACACAGCAGUGGGCAUACUGCUUUAGAGUAGGUCUGCGAAUCAAUACAAACAUGCAUCUAGAAAAUUUUCACAGAAACCUUAAAUACAACUACAUGCUUGGCAGAGAGACCAAAAGAAUGGACAGAUGCAUAUCUGUUUUGCAGGAAUUUCUUCUGGACAAGGAGUUUGAUGAAAUUAGAAAAUUUCAUAAAGGAAAGAUCAGCAAAAAGAUGGCAAAUAUUUCUAAGCUACACAAUGAAGGAUGUAAAAUAAUCUCUUCCGUUGUUUCAGUUGAUAAUAAAGAUUCCUGGAAUGUAAGAUCAGCAUCAAAUACUGAAGUAACAUAUCAUGUGAACCAUGUAGACCAUGAAUGUACUCAGUUAUGUGUGGUUAGGUGUUUUGUAUGUUAUGCUUGUAUAAAAGGAUACACGUGCACUUGCUAUGACAAUGCACUUCAUGGAAAUCUCUGCAAGCACAUUCAUGCAGUGGCAGAAUAUGACUGCAUUAAGAAGAAACAAGUUGUAAAGGAAGAUUACAGCAAU